AUGGCAUUUAAUAUGUUUAUUAUUUUGUUUCUACAGUGCGUAGCUGCUCAUCCAGAGACAAGAAAUCUAUUUGUCAAAGCCAACAUUCCAAUGUAUAUCUACCCUUUCCUCGGCACUAAGAGCAAGGAAAAACCUUAUGAAUAUCUGAGGCUGUCCAGCUUGGGUGUUAUUGGUGCCCUUGUGAAGGAUAAUGAUGAAGACAUCAUCACUUUCCUUCUCCAAACUCAAGUGUUCUGCUACUGCAUCCGCUGCAUUGAAGUUGGCACUAUACUGUCAAGAACUGUGGCCACAUUCAUAAUUGAAAGAAUUCUGAUCAGUGAUCAGGGAAUGAAGUACUGCAUCACUUUCGCUGAUAGAUUCUAUGUCAUCACUCAAGUUCUUAGCAGGAUGCUCGAUAAGCUUCCCGAAGAACCCUCCCACCGGCUGCUCAAGCUCAUCAUUCACUGCUUUCUCAGGCUCUCAGAUGGUCUAACCAGGGACGUUGACAGCUUAAGCCUAUGUCUCCCUAGGAGCUUGAGGGAUUCUAGAGUUAUUAACCUCGUCUCUGAAGACCCGGUAGCCAUGUCGUAUCUGAGGCGCCUGUAUUGCAACGUUGCUGCAGGGAGGAAGCCUAAUGGAGCAGCUGGGAAGCAGCCUAAUGGAGCAUCAGGUGCCGAGUCCAAUGGUCGCGUGGCUAAAGGCUGAAUGGCAAACCAUGGCAUCCAUCCAUGCUGAUCAGGCACCACCACCACAGAAGAAAUACCAUCCACACAGAAUGAAGAAUAUAGUCGUACUUUCUUUCUCGUUGUAAUUCUCGUGUAUCAUGUUUUAGAAUA